UAUUUAUAGAUAUUGAUAAUUUGGGAUUUAUGCAAGUAAUAUUUAUGAAACUGGUAUUAUGGAGAAUCCGUUGACGCGAACGUUUCUGUGUUUUGUUUUGUGUUUAGUAAUAUCUGAGGAUGGGAGUAUUACCGCAGAUGAAUGUGUGCAGGUCAAUUCGUGCUCGUGUCAGUUUUCUGACGGAAGAAAGAUAGACCUAUCGCCGUUAUCGAGUAACGAUGUAAACAGCCCGAGAUUUUAUGAUGUCCCUGUAAGUCCUGGCAGUGACGACAUGUUUUCCUGGAACCCGUGUAUGGACUUCCUACAGCCUUCUGGCUCGUCGUGCCAGGGUGUCGCUGUAUGUCACAUCCAUCUGGCACCGCCUAUUGCCGUCUACUUCAAUUUGGGAACCACUGAAACAGCUGUAUUCUCCACAAACGAUGCUGGUCAGGUGUCGUUGUCCUACCAACACAUUGAAACUGGUACACCGACAAUUCAACGCUCUUCUCACAUCGCCCUGAUUUGUGAUCAGUCGCAGGAAGGAGGGUUCGUGCCCCUCUUUGAGUCGGAUCCUGGAAGUGGUCGAUUUCAAUUUGAGCUCCAUAGUAAAUACACUUGUUACGGCGACUCCACAGACGAUGACAACAAUGUGUUUUCUGUGGGAACAAUUAUUUGUGUGGCAGCACUUGCAAUUGUUUUGCUGUACCUGGUUGGAGGUGUUAGUUAUAAUGUGAUUUAUAAGAAAAGCAUUGGAGUGGAGAGGAUUCCGAACGUUUCUGUAUGGCGGAUGUUACCCGGGCUUAUUAAGGAUGGUUUUCUGUUUGUGUUCACACGAGGACGGACGUCUUCAACUUACAGAAACAUCUAACACUGACAAAUAGAAGACAAUGUGGAUUAUUUCCGUUGUAUUGUAGAAUAUGAAUGUGCAUUAUAUUCUAUUUUUGGUCGACAUCAAAAAGUUUUUGUUGAGUUGUCACAUGGACAACUAUUUGAGGUUGUGUGUAAGAAUGUACUAAUGUUGGCUGGGUUGACGGUAACAAGAAAUGUUAUGCACCCAGUGAUCAAACUAUUUCUGGGAAUCUCCAAACAGUAAAUGUUACAGCAAUAUUGCACCGUGAAUUUUGAACGUUUGUGUAUCUUCACCAUUACGCAAAACAACACUUCUCAGCUGUUUUGACCGUAGCGCCGAUACUUUCAUUUUGUGGGGAUUUAACGUCCCAUUCGGCCUUUUGCUUUUCUGUUUUCUGCUGAGGGGACAUUGACGGGACGAAAAAAGAUCUCCGCUGCUUACAAGCAAUACUUGUGACCUCUAUCUUUUCUUCUUUCUUCCUACCUAUCCUUUUUUUCAGUGGCGUUUCCUAUUUCUAUAUGGCCCUGGGUGUUGCGAAAACAUAACAUUCUGACCAAAAUAAAUGUCGUGUAUAUUUGUAAGCAUUCGUCACAUUAAUCGUUCAUUGUGAUUAUCUUUAGCACCGUUCGGAAGAUGAAAAUUGUCACCCUAUGCUCAAUAUCCUUACCAAUAUUAGUAACAGAAUCCCAUAAGUUCCAUCACUAAAAAUAGUCGAUUCAAAGACAAAAUCGUACAAUGUAACUUAAAACUUCCAUGUAGCGUGAUUCAUGAAAUGUAUCGCUUCUGAUUGUCAUUUACAUAAAAUAUCGAUAUUUACUGAAAGCAACUCAAUGCAUAACUCAUUAACAAAUAUUGAUGUCAAUAAACCGUUAACGGUACUAUAUAAGAGUUCUGGAGGUUUGUGUCUUUUGUCUUAUUACCGAUUUUGGAACUGACAUUUGUACUAAUUG